ACUCUUCGCUUACGAAUCUCAAUCUUCAUUUAUGCCACCCCUUUUUCUUCUCCUCCAUUAUUCCAUUCUUUCUGCCCAUGUAGCCUCAAGCAUCCAUCCCCAUCUGCGACCAUGGCUGGCGGCUCCAAAGCCAUGUCACCACCAUUGACUAUCCCUUCUUAUUUUCCGUGCGUGCAUCUGUCAUGCAUGUGUCCCUUCUUCUUCAUCGGCAGUUUCCCUCAUCUCUUACACUGACUUUGCUACGGAUACACCAUCGAGAUAUUAUGAAGAGAUCGACAACCUAUUCCAGCCUAAUCUGGUGGGGGAGGUGUCUUCAGGCCGACUCCCUAUGUCGUCGCGCACCGCCGCAUCACAGGCAAAUUAAACCGUAGAUCCAGACACAUCACUACACCAGAUGAGUGAGCACAAGAUGUACAUGCAUGUACCAGCAGUCCAGCACACAGAGAACGGGCAGCUGGUGCAGCCCAGCUGUGCACAACAUUUGCUAGCUGCCUCGCGCGCGCCAUGCAUCCUGCAGCGGCACACAAACACGCCGGAGGCAUGCACUCACGUUCUUCUCCCCCUCCUCGCUCUACCGUGUAUACCAGUCUAGCUACGUACUGCCAGUGCCAGCAGUCUGUGCCGUGCCAGCUAGCUAGUCGAUGACGAAUAUGGCAGGAAGGUAACAGCUAGAGGCCGCCAAAAGAUAUCAUGCUGUUGGGGAAACGCCAACGAUCUCUUGUUGCCCUUCUCGCCACCACGUCGGUCGUCGUUGCUUGCACCACACCACCAGAGCGACGGCCGGGGUUCACCGUCGCGAGCUCUUUUGGAAACGAGGGGGCGGCGCUGCUGGUUUCGUCUAAUCCACCAUUCCACCAUGCGUGAGUAGCUAGUGCUGGCUCAUGUGGCGUGCGUGAACAACGUUUAUCCGCUGAUAGAUCUAUCGUCGCUACUCGAUCGCUAGUGCUCACCUCCCCCGGCCCAUGCCAUGCAUGCAGUUCUUCCUUCCCUUCCCGGCCGGCCGCAAGCAGGGACUUGAUCUCAAGAGACGCGCGCGUGUAUAAAAUGGCCGGCCGGCGCUUGCUGGCCUAGAUCCUCACCCAUCUAUCGAGCUAGGACUGCUAGAUCCUCACCUGCCCGACUCUCGCUCGUCGGUUCGAUCUUUCCCAUAGUUGCAGGAACGCACGGUGCUAGUUUCGAGUGUAGCGCGGCAAUAUGGAGGCAAAGAGCGCGGCCGCGGAGGUGCUCAGGAAGACCGACGCUGGCGGAGACAAUGAGAGGUAUAGGCAUGGGGAGCUGGGGCGCGAGGCUGUGGAGGAGGAGGAGGUGAAACCGCGAAGGGUGGCGGAUGCGCCGCUGCCGGCGGAGAGGAAGAGGAAGCGCGCGGCGGACCCGGAGGACGACGGCAGCGUGAGCGACAGCGGCAGCGGCAGCGAAGGGCCUCCGCAGCAGCAGCAGCAGGUGAAGCCGUGUCUUUCCCCGGUGCCGCCUCUCCAACGGCUCCUGAGUGCGUGCCGCGCCCUGCUCACUGGCUCCUCCUCCCCGCCGACGCCUUCCGCUGUCGCCUUGAUCCGUGGCAUUAUGGACAAGAUUGGGCCAGACGACGUCGGGCUCAGGGACGAGAUCCGCUUCUUCAACAAGAUGAACGCCGCUGGUCUUCAAAACCCUCCUAUCGUCACAUGCAAACCUAUUUACGAGGGCGCCAACUUUACGAUCGCGGUGUUCUUCUUGCCACUGGGAGCGGUCAUGCCUCUCCACGACCACCCGGGCAUGACGGUCUUCACGAAGGUGCUCAUCGGGUCAGCGCGCCUGGAGGCCUACGACUGGGUCCGUCCCCGUGUCUUGGCCGGCUGCUGCUCGGGCUCCCGUCGCCGGACGCUCGCGAAGAAGGUGCGGGACGACCACGGCGUCACCGCAGCGGCGUCCGCCUGGGUGCUGUUCCCCAACAGCGGCGGGAACAUGCACCGCUUCGCGGCCGCGGAGGACGCCCACUGCGCGUUCCUCGACGUCCUCACGCCGCCCUACGCGCCCACGGACCGAAGGCGCUGCACCUUUUACCAGGACCUCCCCUACGAACACCAUCGUCCUCGUCCCUGUACCUGUAGGUCGACAGCCACAGGCGGUGCCAUCUGUGACGACGACGUGCUUGUUGCGGAGGAGCAGACGUGUCGGCUGGCAUGGUUGGAGGAGGUCCCGCAGCCUAGGAACCUGAGGGUUGUCUGCUUGCCGUUCCGAGGCCCAACGAUCUUCUAGCCUCAUCAACAGCCCAUCCGGCAGGCAGACCCUGCUUACUAUCUCUAGCUAUGAGGGAGGCAUAGUUGAUCAAAAAAAAAUAUUGUCUUUUUCCUUUUGGAGAAUAGGAUCCCGUGCUGAUAAAUGAUGAUGUUUACAGUAUGUAGUGUUAAGCUACUCUACUGCGUCACUGAGACAAAACGUAUUCAGCUCUUCACAGGUGGACGACAAAGCCACUGGCUUCUGUACUUCUGUUUCUGCGAUGAACCAGAUCACCGCCAUAGUCAAUAUAAUAGGCUCUAAGUCUGCAUUCUCCCCUUUCA